AGGAAACCACAGCGGGCAGCACCUGACCAACACUGAGGAACCUCACUCAAAUCACUCAACGUUUUCUCCUCGCUGAAGCAGAGAGAAGCAGACUCAGAGGAAAAAGAGACAUAUAGUGAGACCAACUGUGGGACCAAGAACACAACAGAGCGGUCGCAUCAUGAUAGAGAGUGACAGAGAGCUUUCUGCGAUAGUGCAGGAGCUGUGGGACAAUGACGUCAACAGACUCAAACCUGGAAAAGACUACAGGAUCUCUCUGCAGGGCAAAGCUGGAGACAGUAUGCUCAACGACGACAAUGAUGGAGCAGGUUAUCCUCUGUUUACAUUUGUUGAUGAGAACAUUUUCAAAAAGGAGACUUUUUUAGCCUUUAUCUCUCUGUUGGAUAACUACGUGAGUGACACCGGAGAGCCAGAAAUCGUAACCCCCGAGGAGGUGGCAGAGAACCACAAAUUCCUGGACUCCAUCAUUCAGACUCCUACUAUGAAGCUAGCUCAUAAAUACCUGGCAGAGAAGAACCUCUCUCCUAAAGAUGAGACAAAAUUCAAGGAGCAGCUGUACAGGAUCUGGUUUGAACUCUACGCGAGGAGAGGCUCCAGCAGGCCGGACUCCUCUGGGUUUGAACAUGUGUUUGUUGGAGAGACGAGAGGAGGGCGGACUGUCAUCGGCUUUCACAACUGGAUCCAGCUCUACCUACAAGAGAAGCUGGGCCACAUCGAUUACAAAGGCUACAGCGUCAAUGCAAACUCUCCCCAGCCUGACGAGAACAAACACAUCCUGGCGCUACAGUUCAGUUGGAAGGACGGUAUAAAGCCCAAGGGCAGCAUCUUCAUCGGCGUCAGUCCAGAGUUCGAAUUUGCCCUCUACACUCUCUGUUUCCUCACCUCACCCAACGAGCGCGUCAAAGUCCAGUUCAGUUUCUACGACGUGGAGAUUGUUUGCCACCACUACAACCAAAAGCACAUAGGCACCACUUACCCUGUGCUCCUUAAGUACCGGACACCUAACCAGUAACUUGAAUAGAAAUCCACCUGUGAUAUAACUUCUCCAACACCUGAGCUUGCAUAUAAAGUGUCACAGGUGUUGUCUUUUU